AUGAAUGUUUUAGCUCAUCUAUAAAAUAAAUUGUUGAUAACUUAAUAAAUACUUUAAGAUACUAUAUGUUUAGAGAACAUAUAAAUAUAAAGCAUUAAAAUUACUAAACCAUCUUUAUAUCCUAUAGUCUCUAUUAGAAGCUCUUAAAUUUAUCUUAAUUAAAGCUCAGCUAAGAAUAAUAUUGCAAAUUUCACUAAUUAAAAUUCUUUAUUUACUCUGCAAGCAGAAAACUUACUAAUUACUAAUUCGACAUUAAAUUAAAAUUCUGGUUUUUAAAAUUUAUUGUUGAUAUAAAAUACAUAAUAAGGAAAUAUUCAAUCAUUGAUAGUUUCUAAUAAUUUAAUUAUGGCAGCUUUACUUAUAAGCCAAUCUAAUAUAUAAAUAUAAGUAUCUUAAAUAAAAUAAAAUUAAUCUAAAUCUGUUAAAUAGUAAAGUUCUGUUGUUACAAUUAUACAAAAUUCAUUAAUUUAAAUUUAAUCUUUAGAAUUUGAGUAAAAUUAAUCAAAUAAUGGAGGUUCACUAUUUAUAUCUUCUAGUUAAUUAAUAAUAAGCUAAUCUUUUUUUAAAGGAGAUAAAAGCAUACUAAAUGGAGGUUCUAUUUAUUCAUAGAAUUCUUAAUUAACUAUUUAGUAAAGUUAAUUUUAUCAAUGCUCCUCUAUGAUUGGAGGAUGUAUAUUUGCAUAAGAAGGAAAUUUAAAUAUAAGUUAACUGCUUUCUUAAAAUAAUACAGCUACAUAAUUAGGUGGCUUUUUAUAUAUUAAUUAAUUAGAUUAAUUUAUAUUAUAAGAUAUUGAUAUUUCUAAUAGUAUAUCGUUUGGUGAUGGUGGAUCUAUAUAUAUAUAACAAUCAAAGGGAAUUAAUUCUGUUAUAGCAAAGAGUACUUUUUUAAAUAAUUAAGCCAAAGGAAGCGGAGGGUCAAUACUGACAGAUAAUUCAAACUUCUAGAUAAUACAAUGUAAAUUUUAAGGAAAUAGUGCAGGUAUAGGAGGAGCCAUUAGAUAUUUAAAUUUAAAACCUGCUUUUAUGCUAAAUUUAAAAAAUAAUAUUUAAGACACUUGCAAUACUUACCAAAAUAAUGAAUGCUACAACAAUACGUCUCUUAUAUUUGGAAACUCUAUAGCCAGCUAUCCUUGUAGAGCUUCUGUUUUACCAAGCAAAUAUUUUAAUGUGCAUUCAGAAUUUCCAAACAUUAGUUUUAGUAAUUUUUAAAGUGGAUUAUCUAAUUUCGAUCUAGUUAUUGUAUUUUUUGAUGAGUUUAACAAUCCAAUCAAUUAAAUAGAUUUUUAGAAUUAAACAAUAAUUAAUUAACUUAGUUCGGAGUUAUUUUAAGAAAUUAGUUAAUAUAGUUGUAGAGUUCAUAUAUAAUAGGUAAACUCAUAGCUAUAAAAUUAGACAAUUAAGCUUGAUGGUGCAUAAUUUUCCUAAUAUUAAUAUUUAAGUAAUUAGUAAAUAGGAUGUUUUAUAAAUGGCUUAAAAAUUACAGGUAUUCCUUCUUAAUCAGCUAUUAUGAAUUUACAGCUUUAUGGAAUGAAAGCAGCAAAUAAAUCUAAUUAAUUUACGGAUAUUAAUGAUAUCUAAAUAAAAAUUUAAUUUAGAAGUUGCCAAACUGGUGAAUACUAUAAUAAAAUUUGCUAAAACUGUCUUUUGUAAGAAUGUGUUUAAUGUAUGAAUGGAACAUACUCUUUAAUUUAUCCUUUUGAAGAUAAAAAAAUUGAAUGCAAAAGUUGUGAUAUGUCUAAAUCAUACUCUUGUUACUCAGAUUAAAUAAUUUUGAGAGAAAAUUAUUGGAGAAUAAAUAAUCAUUCUGAUUUGAUUUAUGAGUGUAAUUAAGUUACCAAUUCUUGUAAUGGAGAUUCUUAGAAAGGAUAUUGUGCAGAUGGGUUUGUUGGUGCUUUAUGUUCUUCUUGUGAUGCAUAUGGCAAAGUAUGGGGAUAACCUUAUUAAUUUGAUAAUUAUUCUAUUAAAAACGGAGUAUAAUGUAUAAAGUGCUCAUAAUAUUCCUCUAUAUUAUUAAAAGAACUGUUUGCAUUCACAAUAAUUUCAAUUUAUUUGAUUGUAUUGAUUAUUUAGUCAUAAGAUAGCAACUGUAAAGUAUGCUUAAUGAGGAUCUUGUAAUCUCUUGAUCUGCUUUAUGUAGGUGUCUCAUCAUUUUUAUCUGAUAACUAGGUUAUAUCUAAAAUAUUUAUUAACUAAUUCUAGAUACUUUCAACUUUAAAAUAUAGCUUAAGGAUAAAUAUAUCUUAAGUUUUCUCUAAUUUUUUAACGAUCCCUUAAUCUGCAUCUCAGCCUAUCAAUGUUUUUACUUACUCAUUUGACUGCAUUUUAAGCUAAAUAAAAAUAAAUAUACCUAUACAAUAUAAAAGGUUCAUAAAUAUCUCUUUGGUGCUCCCUUUAAUUUUCAUUAUUUCUUUUUUUAUUUUUGUAUACUUAAUACUUUAAGGUAUUAAGUGUUUAAUUCCAAAGCAAUACUUCUUUUACAAAACUAAGUACUUAAGAUUGAAUGUUCUGAUAAGUGCCUUAAUUGUACUAACCUAUAUAGCAUCUUAAAAUAUUUAUUAGGCAGCACUUGAAAAUAUAUUUUGUGAUAAAUACAGCAAUGUUUAUUAUAUGAAGAGCUAAAUGGAUGAAAUAUGCUACACCUAAGAACACUAUUAUUAUAUUUUUUUCCUAAUAGGUCCAGUUUUAUUCGUAGUAUCAGUAGUCUACCCAAUUACAAUGCUUAUAAUAUUGUAUCGAAAUAGAUUUAAAUUAUUUGAUUCAAAGCAAAAAUCUAUUAAUUUAAUUAGAAGAUAUGGAUAUUUAUUCAAAGGUUUUAAAAAGGAUAGAUGGUGGUGGGAGAUACUUAAAACCUGGUAUAAAUUUUUAAUUACCUUUAUGGCAACUCUUUACAGAUCAUAACCUUUACCUUAAAUAUUGAGCAUUAUCUUUCUCUAAAUGAUAUAUCUUUACUUACUUAUGAAAUAUUAACCCUAUCAGCAUUAUAAAAUUAAUUUAUUAGAAAAAAGAUCUGUAAUUUAUACUCUACUAAUAUUUUAGAUAUCUAUAGUGUACCUUUAUAACUCAGAUGGAAUCUUAUCUAUUUUUUCAUAAAUUGGAUUGAUAAUUCUUUUAGUCAUUUUGUUAGGGAGAUUAAUUUUAAGCUUUAUAGAAGUUCAUUCAAGAGUACAUUUUUAUGCUAUUGGUAAAAUAGGCUGCUUACGUAGUAUUUGUAAAUACUUGAGAAACCAUCUUUAAGGAGAGAAGUGUAAGUUUUGGAUAAAAAAUUAUUUAUUCAAUAAUUUUUGGGGCUUAUACAAUAUGCUGUAUAUAGAAAAUUAUGAUCCUUACAGAGUCUUUGGCAAUUGGAAAAAACUGAGAUUGCUUUUCAAAAAUGGAAAUAUUAAGUUAACAAGAGUCAAUAAUACAUCUUUAACAUAAUAAAGAAGUAAUAAGAAGACAUUCUAAAAUUAAACUAUAAAUCAAAAUUCUAGUUAGACUUAUAAUCUGUCUAAUUAUAAAAGAAUAAGUUUAAAUAAUUCUAUUUAUUCCCCUAAAAUUUUAUAAGAAAGAGAUAAUUCAAUAUCUCCUAUAACAUAAAAUACUGAUUACUUCCAAUUUAGUAAUUAUUCAAAGUAAUCUUUUAAAACUUUUACUUUUUAAGGCUUAUUUACCCCUAAAAAAAUUAAUAGUCCUAUUAAUUCUAAAUGUGUUUUAUAAGCUAAAAAUUCAGAAAAAGAUAAUUAGGCUCCAUGUGUCGUAUUUUAAAAUACUAAUCCUUUAAAAUAAAUAAAAAAAUAAAGGAGUACUUACUUAAAUACUGAGUGUCAAAGCAUUUUUUCUCCAAAAAGAAACUCAGUUAAUUAAUAAAAUAUUUUAAAUUAAUUUUAAUUUGAAUAAGAUUAUUCAAAAUCUCCUAUAUCUAAAAUUACUAGUCCUUCCCAAUAAUUAAAUGGAUCAAAUUGUAAUUUCAAAAAAUAAUAAAAUGAAUUACAAAAAUUAAACAUAAAUUCUAAAAAUAUUAAAAAAAUUCGUUAAUUAGAAUCAUAUUCAUCAUUUUCUGCAAUAAAUUAAAAUUCUAAUUUAUUCUAAUCAGUAAAUCAAUAAUUUUUUUAACCUUAAUAUUCUAAUACUCCAUAAACAAAAGAUGCCAAUACUAAUUAAAAUUGA